GCUCAGCUCUUCUCUGCAGAAGGACCUUACCUGUUCCUCGGUCCAGCGCUGUACAGUCUUCCCGCGCCUGGAUCUGUACGCAGUCUCUGGUCAUCUCCUGUACUGUGUCCGCAGUCUCUGGUCAUCUCCUGUACUGUGUCCGCAGUCUCUGGUCAUCUCCUGUACUGUGUCCGUAGUCUCUGGUCAUCUCCUGUACUGUGUCCGCAGUCUCUGGUCAUCUCCUGCAUUGUGUCCGCAGUCUCUGGUCAUUUCCUGCACUGUGUCCGCAGUCUCUGGUCAUCUCCUGCACUGUGUCCGCAGUCUCUGGUCAUCUCCUGUACUGUGUCCGCAGUCUCUGGUCAUCUCCUGUACUGUGUCUACAGUCUAUUGUCAUCCCCUGUACUAUCCACAGUCUCUGGUCAUCCCUGUGCUGUGUCCGCAGUCUCUGGUCAUCCCUGUGCUGUGUCCGCAGUCUCUGGUCAUCCCUGGGCUGUGUCCGCAGUCUCUGGUCAUCCCUGGGCUGUGUCCGCAGUCUCUGGUCAUCCCUGGGCUGUGUCCGCAGUCUCUGGUCAUCCCUGUGCUGUGUCCGCAGUCUCUGGUCAUCCCUGUGCUGUGUCCGCAGUCUCUGGUCAUCCCUGUGCUGUGUCCGCAGUCUCUGGUCAUCCC